UUUCUGCCAGUUAAUCUUGUUUAAAAAAUCAAUUAUGUAUUUAACGUUAUUAUGACCAUUUGAAUAAUGGCUCUACUGAUGACACUGUUACGCGGAGUUUUAGCCUUUGUUGCUAGCCGGAUUUUUUUGUUGUUGAUCGACUGCUUCAUGUUGAUCUGACUGAUAUAAAACUCUGAAUUCCCGUUUCUGUAAAAUAUUCCAGUUUUGCCAAGUUGAUUGCAUCAAUAAAUUUUAAGUCAAAGCUCGGCAACUUAUAUCAUGAACGGUUUUUUCCUCAGGUGCCCCAAUCGCAAAGACGCCAUCAAAUUUUGAGGCUUAAGAUCUGCUGUUCGAAUACUUUUCCUACUUGACUGAUAUCCUUAUGGAUGCAGGUGUAGAUGCUACAGAAUGUUCGAAACGGAAACGAACACGCUACACAUCUACACCUGCUUUUUGCUAGUUACUCAAAAGCCAUUUAGAUGGCAGGUGUAGAUGAUUUUACAGCAUGUUUGUUAAAGAUUGCAUAAUUUAUAAAUGUGAUGCUAUCUCAAAAAAUUUUGGUUUUGAAUUCAUGGAUCAAUUUCAGAAAACUAUUUAAAUUAUUUGAAAUUAAUAAUAUAUUUAUGAACGUUUAUGAUAUCCCCUCUUUAUGUGCAGAUAAACUCUAAAAUUUUACCAAAAUAAUUUUCUUGCCAUUCAUAGCAUGGGGGAAAUUUUGGAAUUUGGAUGGAUCAAGUUUAUCUUUCUUCGUUUUGUUCUUCUUCAAAACGAAGGUUUUUGCAGCAAUAAUGGAGUGGAAAACGAAGUUCAAUUAUUUCAAAGCUUACAAGAAGGUAUCCCUAAAUAUUCUCCUCCGUUAGACAUGGAAGACAGUUCUGUCUAUCUCUUCACGGAUUUAAUGCAAAUUUUGAGCCUCGAUGAAAAAAAGGGUGCUUGGGAGAUCAAAAUAUGGAUCUACGCUAACUACAUCAGCGAGAGCGCGUCAUGGAAUUCAACUGCGGAUUCGGAAGAUUUGCCCAACUACUUAGUAAUACCGCAAGGUACAUUCUGGAAACCUGAAAUAGUGGUGAAUGAAAUCAUUGAAGUUGUGUAUGACGGAAUGAAUCAACAAUUUAUCUUUCAAGAUGGAAAAGUGCUUGCGUGGAGUACUUUUGCUACUCUAAAACUAUCAUGCCUUUUUGAUGCAUCCAACUUUCCCUACGACAAACAGACUUGCUCUUUUGUGAUUGCGCCUUUCAUUACUUCUCAUUGGCAGUUUAACUUACAAAUUGAAGAGGCUAACAUGGUGAAAGAUGGGCCCAACCUUUUGCUGCCGCUUCAAUAUUACAAAGAGAACGACCAGUGGGAACUCAUUGGCAAGCCCAAAAUAGAUCUCGUACCAAAAAUACCACAAAGAUAUCCCAAUAGUAGUGAAAUUGUUGUUACAAUAUCCAUGCAGCGACGUCCAGAAUUCUAUAAUGUUGCUCUGGUAUUUCCCUUUGGUAUAAUAUACCUGGUCUCGACUCUAACUUUUCUUAUUCCAGUAGAAUCGGGGGAGAAGAUAUCCUUUUCAGUCACUAUUCUUCUGGCUCAGAUGAUUUUUUACGGGACACUACUGAGUAUUCUGCCAGCCAGUUCUCUUCACGUUGCGAAUGCAUUCCCGCAGAUGGUUUUCGUCUUUGCCCACUUGUCACUUAACUGUUUGGCUUCAGUCAUAGUUGUGAGUGUCCACCACAAAGGAAAACCUGGAAGCAAAGUAUGGUUGUGGGUAUCCAAGCUGCUUCAUAACAGACUCCUCUACAUCUUCUGUCUUAGUCCAAUUAGAGCUGAAAGACGAGAUCAAUACUCGGAAACUUCGGUGAUAAAAGAUGUUCAAAACACAAACACUACAGAUUUACAGGACUCUCUGAACGACUCCCCAAUAGUCGAGCCGCAACAAAAGGUCACUAAUCAAACGGAAUACAGCUUAGAUGCAUCAAUGGAGUGGGAAUAUUUUGCAAUAUUUCUCGAUCGGUUGUUCUUGGCUGUACAUGUAGUCAUUUGGAUUCAGGGGAGUUUCAGUAUAAUUAACUUUUAGUAGGAAAAGCAAAAUGAGGGCGAGCGUGAGAGCGCGAGAAAAUCGUCGAUACUUUUCGAAAAAAUAUAUUUAUCAUAUUUAACAUUUGGAAAAAAAUCAUAAUCAACGAAAAAAUUUCCAGGCAAAACUUCAAGGGGCAUGUUUUUUUGAUAAGAACCAAAUUAUCCGAUUUUUUUCUGCCGUCUGUUAUCAAAAAUUAGCUGAACAUUAUAACCUUGUAAAUAACUUUUCGGCACAAAUAAUCGAUGCAGAGGAUAUCCAAAUAUUGGAUUCAGAUGAAAAAUAAAAACGAAGGUAUGUGAAAUGAAAACGAGACUAAAAACGGUUUCCAAACUAAUAGCACAGAUAUUUAGAAAUGGUACUUUCUAAAAAGUUUUGGCUUUUCCGUUUUGUUUUGCGAGGAAGAAAUUUAUAUAUUUAAAUACGCGUGUGUUUGUGAUUAUGUGUGAGAGGGAAGAGAACUACCUCUUUGAUCAACUUUUUGCUUCUUUGCUCAAAUUUGAUUUAAUAAGUAAAAGUUUAGACAAAAUUUUUCAACAACUGGAAUAAUUUUUUUCGUUGCGAAAGGUUUUCAAGGUGAUAGAUUAAUUGACUUUCAUGGGACUUUUGUUUGUGACACCUGAACUUGUGAUGAAAAAACACAAAAGAAUUACAAAAGAAAUACAAAAGAAACUAAGAGUGCGGAUGAAAUACAUCUGUUCAAAAUAUUUUUUAUUAAACAAACUUACAUAUCUGUCAAAAUUUUUAAAUUACUUCAAAAUAAGAAUGUCUCGAAAUAAAAAACUGAAAGCAUUUCAUUGGCAAAAAUUUCUGAUUCUAAUGCCUAAUUGCUUCUGAUUCUAAUGCCUGUUUUCUUUUGACGCAUCGGCAGGGGCGGA